CCGGUUUACAGUUUAAGCAUUGGAGUGCAGGCUUAAAUCCCUUCCGUUUUGUGUGACGCUUUAAGAACAGGGUCUGCGCAAUGAGAGCCCGAGAAUAGCGGUUGGUAUGCGUUGAAAUUCAACCAGAGAAAUAUAGGUAAUCAUUCUUCCUGGGAAUGAAGCACGGACACAGGACAUAAGACUGGAACUCAAACGCGGGCUGAGGGGGGAAUUUGGGGACAGUCAUGGCGGGGCUUGGAGUGAAGAGGAGGAAAGCGGGGCUCCCUGGUUUUUGCUGGAAAACCUGCUACUUUCAUAUUUUAUUCUGGGUUGUCUCGGUCUGUGGUGAAGAGAAGACGUUCAUCGUUGAGACAUGGCUGAAGAACUAUGGCUACCUGCUCCCCCACGACAUCCGAACGUCGGACCUGCGGUCAGAGAAAGCCAUGCAAUCGGCAGUCGCUGCCAUGCAGCGAUUCUAUGGCAUCCCAGUGACUGGAAUCCUGGAUCAGACCACCAUAGAGUGGAUGAGGAAACCUCGAUGUGGCGUUCCUGAUCACCCCCACAUCAGCCGACGGAGGCGGAAUAAACGCUACGCCCUGACGGGACAGAAAUGGAGAGACAGAAAGAUCUCUUACAGCAUACACAACUUUACCCCUAAAGUGGGGGAGAAAGACACGCAGAGAGCCAUACGGCAGGCCUUUGACGUGUGGCAGACGGUGACCCCACUGACUUUCCAGGAGGUGGCCUACUCCGAGAUCAAGAACGAGGGGAAGGAGGCCGACAUCAUGAUCUUUUUCGCCUCUGGUUUCCAUGGUGAUAGCUCUCCCUUUGACGGGGAGGGGGGGUUCCUGGCCCACGCCUACUUCCCAGGCCCUGGGAUCGGAGGGGACACUCACUUUGAUUCAGACGAGCCCUGGACACUAGGCAACGCUAAUCAUGAUGGUAAUGACCUUUUCUUGGUGGCCGUACAUGAGCUUGGGCACGCCUUGGGGCUGGAGCAUUCGAAUGACCCCAGUGCCAUAAUGGCUCCCUUCUACCAAUACAUGGAGACACACAACUUCAAACUGCCCCUUGAUGACCUCCAGGGUAUCCAGAAAAUAUACGGUGUCCCUACAGCCAUGCUGGAGCCUACACGGCCACUGCCCACCUUGCCCGCUCGCCGAACCCACCCCACCUCAGAGAGGAAACACGACCGUCAGUCCCGCCCACCACGUCCGCCCUCCGGUGACAGGCCCUAUUUCCCCAAUGGCAAACCCAACAUCUGUGAUGGCAACUUCAACACCGUGGCCUUCUUCAGACGCGAGAUGUUUGUCUUCAAGGACCGAUGGUUCUGGCGACUGCGGAACAACGAGGUGCAGGAGGGCUACCCGAUGCAGAUUGAGCAGUUCUGGAAAGGUCUACCGCCACGUAUCGACGCCGCCUACGAGAGAUCGGACGGCAAAUUUGUAUUCUUUAAGGGUGACAAGUACUGGGUAUUCAAAGAGGUGACUGCUGAACCCGGGUACCCCCAGAGUCUGGUGGAACUGGGUAACUGUCUCCCUAAGGACGGCAUUGACACAGCACUGCGCUGGGAGCCCGUGGGCAAAACCUACUUCUUCAAAGGGGACCAGUACUGGCGCUACAACGAGGAGAAACGCAUGGCCGACCCGGGCUACCCCAAACCCAUCACUGUGUGGAAGGGCAUCCCCGAGGCGCCGCAGGGAGCCUUCGUCAGCAGGGAGGGCUUUUAUACCUAUUUCUACAAAGGGAAGGACUACUGGAAGUUUGACAACCAGAAGCUGACCGUUGAGCCCGGCUACCCCAAGUCUAUUGUCAAUGACUGGAUGGGCUGCCACCAAUCAGACAUGGAGAAGAACAAGGACCGGCAGCUUCCCCACGAUGACGUAGACAUCAUGGUGACCAUCAAUGACGUGCACAGCACUGUCAACGCCAUCGCUGUGGUGAUUCCCUGCAUCCUGUCGCUGUGCAUCCUGGUCCUGGUCUACACCAUCUUCCAGUUCAAAAACAAAGGGGUGCAACAGAACGUCACCUACUACAAACAUCCUGUCCAGGAGUGGGUAUGACAGGCUUAGGCAGCGCGCCGCCACUUACGAUACGAAACUGCGCUGAGAGGGCUACAAAAACUCUGAGCACCAUGUGACCAGUGCCUGUCUUGCACAAACCCUUUGCGAGAAGGGAAGGAGGGGGAUUAAGUUACUCCCUUUCAUCCCCUGGCAAGGACCCAUAGAUGAACAUCGCCAAAAUUGUUGAAUAUUAGCAUGAGGCGAUGCAUAGGACGCUGGGAGGCUUUGAGGGUAAGGACAGAGUACAGCAAAUCCGAUUGCUCUGCCUUUUGCGUCUCAUCUAUCUGUUGUCCAUUCUUAUCUGGCUGUUUCAGUGGGGGUUGUCAUACAUACUUUACCUCGAUGGGACUCCAAUACACUUUUUCUCAGGGGGAGAGAGAGGGGGAGCCUACCCUCACAUAGCCAGGUACCAGUAAUCUGUCCAGUGUCAACUUGUACAUGAACUUCAAGUAUUAUCAAGUCAAACAAGAUAUUUAAAGAAAAAAUGUAAACUUGAACAAAAAAUAGAAAGGCCAUAGAAAAGAAUACCAAGGAUUUCUGUGGAUCAUUUAAUCUUUUCAGUUAGAGAGCUUUGAGUUAUCAAGAGGAGAAACGUUGUACAUCGCAAAUGAUACAUGUCUUCAUACCCAGACCUCUGCCUCUAGUGAUUGACUCACCUAAGCUAGAGGACUGAGACUAUAAGUAUGUCUGCUGAAGGACCACCGCUAUACCAACAUCCCCCAGCACAGACUCCCUGCUUCUCUGUCUGGACCAAGGGGCAUAGGGGAGAGCGAGUUUGCAUUUAAAGACAUUGGUCACAGUUAUGUUUCUUAGAAUUGUACUUAGUUUUUUUUUUUUAUUUACAUGCCAAGGCGUAGAGGAGUACCUAUGGCCGUUUCAAUAGGCUAAGCACGUCAGACCAACAUUGACUAGGCACAAUGAACUGCUGUUGAGGCAGCCUGAAUUCCACUCCAUACCCCUCUUCAUUCCUCCUUAUUUCUCUCACUUUUUUCUCUCACUUUUUUCUCAGCAUUUUUUCUUCUUUUGUCUCCUCUAUACUCCAAAAGUUUGGAUUUGAAAUCAAACAAUGACUGAGGUUAAAGUGCAGACUGACCACUUGAAUUUGAGGGUAUUUACAUCCAUAUCGGGUGAAUGGUUAAGAACUUAGAGCACUUUUUGUACGUAUUCCCCACAUUUUAGGGCACCAAAAGUAUUGGGACAAAUUCAUGUGUAUUAAAGUAGUAAAAAGUUAAGUAUUUGGUCCCAUAACACGCAAUGGCUACAUCAAGCUUGUGACUCUACACAUUUGUUGGAUGCAUUUGCUGUUUCUUUUGGUUGUGUUUCAGAUUAUUUUGUGCCCAAUAGAAAUAAAUGGUAAAUACUGUAUUGUGUCAUUUUGGAGUCCGUUUUAUUGUAAAUAAGAAUAGAAUAUGUUUCUAGAAAGUUACAAUGCACAAAUAUCAUUCCCUCCCUAAAACAAAUGCUAACCUCCCCUGUUAUUGUUAGCAUGUCUUGGGGGGUAUGAUAUUUGUGCAUCUGUAACUUUCUCACUUUUCAUUAUUCACGAUUCAUACCCUCAAAUUAAAGAUGACAGUCUGCACUUUAACCUCAUAGUCAUUGUUUGAUUUCAAAUCCAAACUUUUGGAGUACAGAGAGACAUUUUUUUUUAAAUGCUUCACUGUCCCAAUCAUUACGGAGGGCACUGUAUCUAACACCCUACAUUUCAUUGAAAUGCUGUCCUCAUGAUCUAAUUUAGAGUUUUGUUUUUAACCUCGCUUUCAAUAGGAAAGAUGUUCAAUGGGAAAGUGAUGUUUAAAAGAAAGAUCCAGGUAGAGUCUUUCUGCACUGGGGUGCAUUGGUACACUGGGGUAAUUACCAUACUUUGUCCAUCUCUGUAGGGCAGGUCAGGAUUUCCUGAGUUCAGCUGUUUCUUACCCUGAUAAAAACAAAUACACAGAUGACCCAUGAUAAAAGCAAAGUUAUUUAAUAUGUUCCAUUCAUUUCCCUGUAUUUCUAUUCACUACUUUUGCUACAGUAGAGAAUUAUCAUGUAUUCAUCUCACCCAGAUAAUAAUGUCAAUGCAGUUGCCAAGACUGAAACCAGAUACAGCUGUAGGAUCUUAAUCUGAUCUUUUGUUGCAGAGAAUUUUCCUGUACAGUAGGAAAUGCAAACUUACAGUUUGAGGUUUUAAAAAGGCCUCUAAAGUUUGUAAUUUCCAGAAACAUCUACAAAAAUGUCCAUUAAUUAUAAUCCACAUAAUUCACAUUUCCCAUUGUUGCAGGAUUAUUUUCCUGCUGUAGCAAACUGGUUCAAAUUAAGAUCCAACAUCUGUAUAGUCCUUGAUACUGUAUUUUCUGACUUAACUCUGACCCCAAUGGGGUUUGGUACCAUCCAGAACUCACACAAACAUGUAGUCUUUAGAUUUUUUUAUUGACUUUUAAAACUUGUUUUAUUUGUACUUUUAUUUGCUGUUGAAAUAAUGUAUUAUUAUUAGCGAAUAUCCCGCUCUGGUUGUAUGUGUCCUAUCGAGCUAGCCUAUUCUAAAAAUUAAUAUACGUUUUUUGCAAUCACAAAUAUGAGGAAUCUGUUGAAAGGAGACUUGAUUUUGCCAUUUUGUCAUUGCAUUGACAAUCUGUCAAAUGGUUCGUUGUUAAAAAGUUUUGCUUCUUUAAAUGAUGAAACAUGA